AUGUUAGGUUUGGUGGACUCCAAACAGGAGUUACGCCGACUUUAUCCAGGUAAACCUGUUCCAGCUACGACGAAAGCUGCAACUGCAGCUCUGUUAACGCACUAUCUUCUCAUUCGAGAUGUUUCAGUAAUGCGUGAUGUACCUAUGGAAUUCUGGGAAGGGCCGCAUAUACUAAGAGCGAGGCUCACGAAACCGGGCAAGUCGCGAUGGUUUCGGAUGAUGUAA